AUGAAGUGUACAAACUGUAAAAUCGAUAAACUAUCAAAUGAAUUCCCAUCAGCUGUUCUAACCGAACGCUGUGAUCACGUAUCUUCUCAUUGUCUCCGGUGUCUGAUUGAUUUGCUAAAAAAACAAAAGGAAGGAGAGUACGAGUGUCCAGAAUGUAAAACUGCGGUUAGUCGUGAUGAUUUCAAACAAUUGACGGACGCUUGGGAGGAUGCUUCGUUCAAGCUUGACGUCAGUCAAAUCGGCCGCCAACAUCUUGUUGCAAACUUGAAAGCUGCUAACAACAAGGAAGAAAUCGUUCAAAAGGGAGACAUAUAUGUGGUCUUGCUGAAUGGCGAGAGAAUUGUAAUCGACUACAGCGUGGUUUCGACCGUAUUGGCUCUACGACAACAGAUUUACGCAAAAAAUCGUAUAGAAAUUGCCAAGCAAAAGUUGGUCUACAAUGGUGUUGAACUCAUGGACUAUACCAACGAAAACCGGGCCACGAAACUUGUCGAUUAUGGUAUCAGAGCCAACAGUCACAUACAGCUGAUUGUGAUUCUUUAUGAAAUUACACAAGCCGAAUCUGUUAAAAAUCUGGUAUUCGAUUUGGACUGGGGAUUUCCCGCAAACCAUCCAGAUUAUCUUGAUGGAACUUGUUUCUUGUACACUGGCAAUCAAUACUGGCGAAAAUAUGAUUAUCAAUCGGUCUUCUAUCCAGCCACGCCAAGCAUGAGGCAUUCUGGUGAUGUGAUCGAUAAUGCAAAUAAGAGAGGCCAUCACAAGAUAACAGCCAAACUGGAUGAACUCCCUCUCGAAGUAACAUUGCUAUUUUUUAUCCUUAGCUCAUGGGAUUCCCCAACCAUCGGACACUUUAAGACUCCAAAAUUUCACCUAUUCGAUCAAGAACAUCCAGACAAGAAUUUGUGCUCAUAUGAACUCAAAAAGGCAGCCAAUACACAAGCUGUCAUCAUGUGCUGUGUUGCGCGCACUGCCCACGGGAUGUGGAAUGUCAUUCAAGUCGGUGCAGAAUCUGCCGGUAAUGCUAAAGAUUACACAGCAAUUGAACGCAAAAUUGAGACUCUUGGGCUUUUUUAA